AUGGAUUCCAAAGAAGUUCUUACAUUGGUCAAAACCUUAGAAAAAUCAAAAUCCGAUGAACAAACUGUUCUGGAAAUACUUUCUAGGCUCGAUAAGGAAGUCGUACCUACUGAGAAAUUAUUAAGAGAAACAAAGGUCGGUGUAGAGGUUAACAAGUUUAAGAAAUCUACAAAUGUGGAGAUUGCCAAAUUAGUGAAGAAGAUGAUUUCAUCUUGGAAAGAUGCUAUCAAUAGGAAUAAGAAAUUGAAACAACAACAGCAACCGGCAAAGGAGAUGGAUACGACAAAUGCAAAUGGUGUUUCGACGGACAAAGAACGCACCACUUCUCCAUCAGAUGCAACAGUAUCGUCGCCAAAGAAACAAACUAAAUUUACCUCGACCAAACCAAGAAAUAGCAAAAAUGACGGUGUUAAUACCGUGGUUUAUAACGACAAAUUGCGUGAUUCUGUAGUGAAAGCGUUAUAUGAUGCAUUAGCUAAGGAGAGUGAGCAUCCUCCUGCCUCAAUCUUACACACAGUGAAAUCUAUUGAAAAUGAAAUGUACAAGUUGAAUAAUCCAAGUAUAAAUGAGAGACAAUAUAAGGAAAAAUACAGAAUUAUCUACUCGAAUAUCAUAUCGAAAAAUAAUCCUGAUUUAAAAAACAAAAUUACCAAUAACGAUAUUACACCGGAUUAUUUGGUUAAUUGUGAUCCAAAAGAAUUAGCUCCUGAACAUUUGAAGAAGAAACUUGAGGAAAUUAAGAAGCAGAAUCUAUUUAAUGCUCAAGGUGCAACCAUCGAGAGAUCAGUUACAGACAGAUUUACUUGUGGGAAGUGUAAAGAGAAGAAGGUGUCAUACUACCAAUUACAAACAAGAUCUGCGGAUGAACCGUUGACCACAUUUUGUACAUGUGAAGCCUGUGGUAAUAGAUGGAAAUUUUCUUGA